GGUAUCGAGUCGGGAAGCGACAGACCAGCUUUCAGCACCCAAGUUUCUAGAUGAAGCGGUGAGCGCAGUAAACGAAUCUGAACCCGCGGCUUGCUGUGGACUGAGCGGGACUCGACACACCAGCUCACCGAUAUUUACCUACACCAUGAAUCUGUGGUUUGGGUGUCUUGCUGUGGUCCUGUGGCUGGACUCCACAUACGCAGGAACAGAGACUAAUGGACCAUGUGCAGGGCGUGACUGUAAUGGCAGAUGUCCCUGUCCUCCAUUAAAAGGCAGUAGGGGUCGCCCAGGUGAAUUAGGGCCAUCUGGACCCAGUGGGCCCGAUGGGUUUAUUGGGAACAUGGGACCAGUGGGGCCUAAAGGAGAAAUGGGCCAUGCUGGUCGCCCAGGACCGUCUGGACCCAAAGGAGACAAGGGUCCAAUGGGGGUUCCUGGAUUUCCGGGUAUUAAUGGGGUUCCUGGUCACCCUGGCCAGGAAGGGCCACGUGGAUUGCCCGGAGCAGAUGGCUGUAAUGGAACACGAGGAGACCCUGGCUUUCCAGGCUUCGGCGAGGGAAGACCUGGCAACCCUGGAUUUAGGGGGUUAACUGGUCCCAAAGGGCAAAAAGGAGAACCAAGGUUGAUUCAAGUAUUCCCGAAUCCUGUUGGCCCUCCUGGCCUCCCUGGCCCUGCUGGUGAACCUGGUACACGUGGUCUUCAGGGUCAUCCAGGUCCAAGUGGUCCUUUUGGUGUUGAUGGUUUUCCUGGCCCUCCUGGUCCACCAGGUCCUCCUGGGCCAAAAGGAAGUCCUGGUCAAAGAGAGGAGAAAGGAGAGAGAGGAGAGAAGGGAGAUGCAGGUCCUCCAGGACCAAGGGGUACACCAGCUGCUCCAUUGGGCUCACCAGCUAUAAGCACAAUUAACAAAGGAGAGAAGGGUGAUAUUGGUCCUGCUGGUGAACCUGGUAGGCCAGGAUCCCCUGGACGAUCAGACCAGUUUGGUUUUCAGGGAGAAUAUGGCGAGAAGGGUAUUCCUGGUUUACCAGGUCCAAGGGGUCCUUCGGGUCUGAAUGGAGAACCCGGAGACUAUGGUCGAAAAGGGUUUAUUGGAGACCCAGGCCUUCCUGGAUUUGCAGGACAACUUGGCCCUAAAGGUUACAGGGGAGACCCAGGUCCACCAGGACUGUCUGCCUAUGAAUAUGAACAAGGAAGAGCAAUUCCAGGUAUACCAGGCGAUCAAGGUUUUGCUGGUUUUCCAGGCUCAGUAGGAGAUGUGGGUCCUCAAGGGCUUCAUGGAUUUGAUGGUCUGCCUGGAACUUCAAUCAUUAUCCGAGAUUAUACAGGUUUGCCUGGAUUUCCUGGUCCUCUUGGGCCUAAGGGUGACAAGGGAAGUCCAGGUCGUCCAAGCUACGGUCCUGAGGGUCCACCAGGAAACACAGGUACACGAGGACCCUCAGGCCCCCCUGGACCUCCAGGCAGAAGUCAGCCAAUUGGACCGUAUCCAGUGGAUAUAACUGGCACCAAAGGUCAGAAAGGAAACAUUGGGCCAACAGGAGAAAAAGGUUCAAAAGGAUCCUAUGGCGAUCCUGGAGAUUGUAAUUGCCUUGGUGGACCAACCAUUGGGGAACAGGGACCUACAGGAUUUAAAGGGCCUCCUGGUCUUAUAGGAAACAAUGGGCAAAAAGGAGAGCUUGGUGACCAAGGAUUUUCAGGACAACGUGGGCCACAGGGGCAAAGUGGUUAUCCUGGAGAGCAGGGCUUUACUGGGCGUAAAGGAGAGAAGGGAAAUCCCUAUUUUGCUGGAGGUCAAGGACAAAAGGGUGACAUUGGUAGGACAGGGCCUCCUGGGCCUGCAGGUGACAUCGGCCUACUUGGAAGAGAUGGAACCCCUGGUUACCCUGGGCCUCAAGGACCACUGGGAGAGCCUGGUUUUGGGGUCAUUGGUGACAGAGGCCUUCCUGGAUUGCCUGGAUUAAAGGGGCAGCCUGGCGCAGUUGGUGAACCUGGCACUGGUUUCCCAGGCCUCCCAGGUUCUAUGGGAUUACAAGGUGACCCAGGUAUUAUGGGGCUUCCAGGACAACCAGGACUUCCAGGACCACCAGGAGCAACACUACCCUGUAUAUUUCAAGGAGAACUUGGAGACACUGGUCAACCUGGACGGCCUGGAGUACCAGGCCCGAAAGGUCAGCCUGGUCCUAUAGGACGAAGUGGACGACCAGGUUUUGAUGGAUUGAAAGGAGAAAGAGGUGAUCAAGUCACUGGAGGUCUACCAGGAAAGCAAGGCUUUCCUGGACCCAGAGGAGAUCCAGGUUUACCAGGUGUUCCAGGCCGUAGUGCACCAGGUGCUCCAGGGAGAAAUGGCCAGCCUGGCUUUCCUGGACAAAAAGGAUCAGCAGGCGAAAUUUUAGGGGCAUCUCCAGGAGUCCGUGGACCUAUAGGACAACCAGGAGAGCCUGGAGACAAAGGUCAACCAGGCACUCUUGGAUUAACAGGUGGACCUGGUUUUGAUGGACGCAGUGGUUUCCCAGGCGUAAAGGGUGAACGAGGUGUAAACGGUUUUCCAGGAUUUCAAGGACCACCAGGUCCUCCAGGAGAGGUGUUUGAAGCAAUCCCUGGACUUCAAGGACCCCCUGGGAAUCCUGGAAUUCCUGGGCCUGCAGGUUUCUCAGGCCCCAAGGGUGCAAGAGGAAACCCAGGACUCUCAGGCCGUGGUGGAAAGGGUUUUCCUGGACGAAGUGGAAUUCCUGGAGGUCAGGGACCAGUUGGACGCCCUGGACCUCCUGGUUUAACACGUAAUGGCGCACAAGGAAGGCCAGGAGUGAAAGGAGCGAAAGGGUUGCCAGGUUUAGUUGGUUUCCCUGGUUUACCAGGACGUAGUGGAGGUUUUGGAUUUCCAGGAAGAAAAGGUCUGUCUGGAACACCAGGACAGGAUGGUUUAUCUGGACAAAAUGGAUUUACUGGAGCCAGAGGGGACCGUGGGGCACAAGGUCCACCAGGACCACCAUCUCCAGGCAUUCCUUCUGAUUUAAAGGGUGACUUUGGUGUUACUGGAGCUGUAGGUCUGACUGGUUUUACUGGACAAAGAGGUGAUAAAGGACCUCAAGGGUUGCCUGGUCGUGAUGGCUUACCUGGUCUACCAGGAUCCUUUAACCAGCUCAGAGGUUUACCUGGUGAUCCUGGUUUUCCAGGCCGGCCAGGUUCUCCUGGUUUUUCGGGACCUAAAGGGGCACCUGGUGUUUCUGGCUUUCUUGGCAUGCCUGGACCAAGGGGUGAUGAUGGAGAAUCUGGUUUGCCAGGGUCGCCUGGUAGUCCAGGAUUUCCUGGAAGCAAAGGUGACAAGGGUGAAUCUACUGGAACACCCGGAGCCCCUGGGCCAAAGGGGUUUGUGGGAGAUUUUGGAAUCCCUGGUGGUCAAGGUCGUCCUGGUGAACAGGGUUCACCUGGUUUGUCAGGUGGUUUUGGGAUCCCUGGGAAGAAGGGUCUACCUGGAGAUUCAGGAAGACCUGGAUUUAAUGGUCUGGCUGGUUUUCCUGGUGACAGAGGUAUCCCUGGUUACCAGGGACAGAGGGGUCGGGAUGGUGAGCAAGGUCUCUCUGGAACUCCAGGAAGGGCAGGAGAGAAAGGUUUACCUGGAUCCUCUGGUUUACAUGGACUCAAUGGACUUCCAGGACCAAAAGGUCAACCAGGAGCAUCUGGUUUGGUAGAGGGUGGGUUACCUGGUGGGCCUGGUUUGGCCGGAUUGAAGGGACAAAAAGGCUCAUCAGUGCCUGGUGUGCCAGGAUUGCCUGGAGGAAAGGGGUUCAAAGGAGAGAGGGGUUUUCCUGGUCAGCCAGGUUUUCCAGGUGCUCCAGGCCCUCGUGGGAUAUCUAUACCCUCUAAUAUUCCUGGUGCUUCAGGAGACCCAGGUCUGUCUGGUCUAACAGGUGAACAAGGUUUUCGUGGACCCCCUGGUCCUCCUGGUCCUGGUGGCCCUGGAACUGAUCAGGGAGACCGAGGAGAUCCAGGUUUUCCAGGAUCACGUGGAAGACCUGGGAGCCGAGGUGAUUCUGGAAAUGAAGGACUGUGUGGACCACCUGGCAAUCCUGGAUUUAAAGGAGAGAGAGGUGACCCUGGAGUUGGUGGCCCACCAGGACCACCAGGCUACAGUGGAGAUUCAGGAAGAAAUGGUGAUCUUGGACAAAAGGGAGUUAAGGGUUUUUCUGGUAGCAAAGGACUUCCAGGGAUUGCCGUCCCACCAAGAAUUGUGGUAGCUCCAGAUGGUGAUCCUGGUCAAUCUGGAAUCAAUGGUCCUCCUGGUCAGGAGGGAGAACCAGGACAGCCUGGCUUUCCUGGACGUUCAGGUCCUAAGGGAAAGAUAGGACCACUGGGAAAACCUGGUCACACUGGUCCACCUGGAUUUCCUGGAUCCAUCGGAGACCCUGGAUCUCCAGGUUUCCAAGGGCCUACUGGCAGCCAAGGCUUCCCUGGUAAACAGGGUCCACCAGGUCCUCCUGGUCUGCCAGCACGUGCCACUGGGAUCGGCUACACUCUUGUGAAGCACAGCCAGUCCAGCCUAGUGCCAAUGUGCCCUCAGGGUAUGGGAAAAUUAUGGGAUGGGUACAGUCUGCUUUAUGUAGAGGGACAGGAAAAGGCACAUAACCAAGACCUUGGAUUGGCUGGAUCUUGUCUACCUCGCUUUAGCACUAUUCCCUUCCUGUACUGCACUACAAAUGAACUCUGCUACUAUGCCAGUCGCAAUGACAAGUCUUACUGGCUGUCCACAACUGCACCCAUUCCCAUGAUGCCUGUGGCAGAGCAGCAGAUCACCCAGUACAUCAGCCGUUGUUCAGUGUGUGAAGCUCCUUCUCAGGCAGUAGCUGUCCACAGCCAAGACACCAGCAUUCCCCCCUGUCCACGUGGGUGGAGGAGCCUGUGGAUCGGAUACUCCUUCCUUAUGCACACCGCUGCAGGGGCUGAAGGAGGUGGCCAGUCUCUGGUUUCUCCAGGCUCUUGCUUGGAAGAUUUUCGUGCCACUCCUUUCAUUGAAUGCAAUGGCGCUCGGGGCACCUGCUUUUUCUUCAACAACAAACACAGUUUCUGGCUGACCACGGUAAGGCAGGAAGGGCAGUUUAUUCAGAGUCCAGAGUCUGAGACGCUGAAGGGAGAUCAGUACCGUAGCCGGAUCAGCCGCUGUCAGGUCUGCAUGAAAAUCCUGUAGCCUUUGCAGGAUCACUCCAGGAGGGAGGACUUUUAAUGAGUUUUAAGAAAAGGAGACAAAGGAGAGGUCUACAUUAAAGCAAAUGUUGACUGAAUGACUUUCACUAGCCUCUGUUUGCUUGGUGCUUUUUGAGGCUGAUUACAAGGAUUACAGAGGAGUAUACAAAGUAUACAGCUGUUAAAGGUUAGAAUAAAAAGAGACAGUUCUCUUUUUGGUGCUAUCAAAAAUCAUUGUUUAUUGUGUAUUUUAUCUACUUAUAGUUUGUCUUACAUAUUCAUGGCUACCAAAAUUCCUGAUGGGCAGCACUGAACAUUUAAUUUGAGACUGCAGAUCAUUGAAACACAAACUAAAAUUUGAUACACAGGUGUGUUUGCUAAUUUCUGAAAUAAGCAUAAACCAUGACACCUGAUACUAUUACAAAAUGUAAAUGUUGACACAUUGUAGUAUUAUCUGUGUUAUUUUAUUGCACUGAAGUAAAUAUAAAGAAAUAAUGUAAUACAAGGUUCUCUAAUGUGGCUAUUUUGCUGCUAUUAUUUAAAACCAAAUUUACAACCUGGCAAUCUUUAGUUAACUUCACAAUAUCAGUCACAAUGCAACAAUAAAUUCAUACAAAUCAUUCUGUACAACAUAAAUUUAGUACUCUUUUUAUGAUCAAUUUGGUUACAACAAGCCUCUAUGAUACCACUCUAAAAGUCAUUCUGUUAGAUUAGUCUUAUCCACAAAGGGUCGGUUUGGCUGCAGGUUUUCAUACUAGCAAAACAAAAGUUAAACCUAAUGUAACAGAUUCCACUUGUUCACACAUGGUUCUUCAGUGAUAGAUUGUGCUGGACUAGAAGUCACACUGGCCCUUUUAGGGUAAGACUGGACACACAUCAAAAUUCACUGUAAAUCUAUUGUAUACAAUAGAAAUGUUUUAUUUACUAUUUUCAGAGUGAGUUAGCCAGCUCUGUUAAAGUCACAGCACAGGGUGGAAUAUAGCCACUUUAGUCACUAUGCCUUUUACUCUGUAUUUGGUAGCCUUGAGUACACGCUUUCCAGUUUGGCUUUAUCUAAUGUUUGUAUGAACAGCAGUUUAGAUGAUUCAUCCCAUAAUAAAAAAAAAUAAUGAAAAACUGCAAUACAUAAGGAAAUAAUUUGUGCAUUUCACAUAAGAAAAAACUUUAUUUUACAAACGCUAUUUUGUAAAAAUAAUAAUAAUAUUACUGUAUUAUUAUACAAGUGUUUGUAAUUUUCUUACACAGAUGAUGUACAAUGACCAUGUGAACAUUUUCACCUCUGUAAGCAUAUCACAUGGCUGGAGCCAUGCCGUUCAAGUAUGACUAUUGUUGCAUUUUAUAUCAGAAUGACUCCAAUAUGUAAUUCUGUUUGAUAUUAAAUAAAGUAUUAAAACUGA